AUGUGUACCUCUCAUCAUGAUGAUAUAUCACAACACAAACUCCCUUGUCUCCAUUGCGACCCACACUCAUACAUUCACAUGGUUCAGAAUAUGAUAGAGAGGUGUAUCAUACUCCGUAUGAGUCGCGACGAAUGCGUCAAGGCGUUAGACCGCCACGCAAGCAUUCUACCACUCGUUACACUCACCGUUUGGAGAGGACUUGAGAGGGAAAAUAAGGAGUUCUUUGAAACGUAUGAGCAUUCCUUAUCUCCUGAGCCAUUUCUCAAGCCGAUAUGUUCGGAGAUCACCGAGGCUGGCGAGAAGGAUACAACAGUGAAGACUUUGCCUUAG